CACAGAUCAGUCAGACAGACUUAUAUACACACCUCUCACUAAUUAAUUUGAAUGUCAGGAUUGCACUGAGAACUCAUAUGCUCAAUCAUAUCUGCUUGUUCAUCCAAGCUCACACCUCUUCCGGUGACUCUCUCAGUGUCCUCUCCUGGGGUUCAGUCUGGGUUACUGUGCCUCUUUUGGAUCUGAACCAAACCGCACAUCUCUGAAACAAAUCGUAUGGACAAAUGGAUGAGUGAUCUGUGGUGAGAGUUAGGUGGAGAUAGAGAAAGAGAGACAGACUGGGAGGUAGUGGAUGGGGUGCGGGUGGGGGGUGCGAUUGAAAAGACUGUACUGGUUAUUGAAGCAACGAACAGUUGUCAACCGCGACGCUGGAGCAGCAUGUCUCAGAUGAAAAAAUACACUUACAGCAGGACCACCAACAGCAGCAGCAGCAGCAGCAGGAUGAGUUCAGAUGGAGGUGGGCGGCCUGUUAAGGUAGGCUCUCUGAUUGAGGUCAUUGGUAAAGGUCAUCGAGGGACUGUGGCCUAUAUUGGAAACACACUCUUUGCCUUGGGAAAAUGGGUGGGAGUCAUUCUAGAAGAGCCUAAAGGCAAGAAUGAUGGCACCGUGCAGGGCAAACGAUAUUUCACCUGUCAGGAGAACUAUGGAAUAUUUGUGCGCCAAUCACAGAUUCAGCUAGUAGAAGAUGGAGCAGACACAACAUCUCCUGAAACCCCUGAAGCUGCCAUCUCCAAAGUGCCCAAGCGAGAGAUAAAUGAAGGCCUUAAGUCAAACAAAGUGCGAGGAACCAAACCCAAAAAGACGCCUGUGACUCGUAAGACCACAGCCAGAAGGCCUAAGCAAACACGGACAGGAGUGGGGGUGAAGGUGGGGCCUGGAUCAGCCUCUGCAGGAGAGAUGAGCAGCAGUGAACCCAGCACACCUGCUCAAACACCAUUGGCUGCUCCAGUCAUACCUUCGCCUGUGGGAACCCUCCCCUCACCUGGAGCUCCUCUCUUCCCAGGACCCAGCAAAGAGGAGGAGACACUCCGAGCCCAGGUGAAGGAUCUGGAGGAGAAAUUGGAGACACUGAAGAUGAAGAGGACAGAGGACAAGGCAAAGCUGAAGGAGCUUGAGAAGCACAAGAUUCAACUGGAGCAGCUGCAGGAGUGGAAGAGUAAGAUGCAAGAGCAACAAAAUGAUCUGCAGAAACAACUUAAGGAGGCUAAGAAGGAAGCUAAGGAAGCUCUUGAAGCUAAAGACCGUUACAUGGAGGAGAUGGCAGAUACAGCAGAUGCCAUUGAGAUGGCCACACUAGAUAAGGAAAUGGCUGAAGAGAGGGCGGAGUCACUGCAACAGGAGGCUGACACCCUAAAAGAGACAGUAGAGGAGCUUACUAUGGACUUGGAGAUACUCAAACAUGAAAUAGAGGAAAAAGGCUCUGAUGGAGCUGCUUCUAGUUACCUCUUGAAACAGUUAGAGGAACAGAAUGCUCGUCUGAAGGAGGCUUUAGUAAGGAUGCGUGACUUGUCUGCAUCAGAGAAGCAAGAGCACUCAAAGCUGCAGAAACAAAUGGAGAAGAAGAAUUUUGAAUUGGACACUCUAAGAUCUCAGAAAGAGAAACUACAGGAUGAAAUGAAGAUGGCUGAGAAAACUAUUGAUGAACUCAAAGAGCAGGUGGAUGCUGCUCUCGGGGCGGAGGAGAUGGUGGAGACAUUGACUGAGCGGAAUCUGGACUUGGAAGAGAAAGUACGAGAGCUCAAAGAAACUGUUGUAGAUCUGGAAGCCAUCAAUGAGAUGAAUGACGAGCUGCAGGAGAAUGCCAGAGAGACGGAGUUGGAGUUAAGAGAGCAGCUGGAUCUGGGUGCUGCCAGUGCCAGGGAGGCAGAGAAGCGGGUGGAGGCGGCCCAGGAAACAGUGGCAGACUACCAGCAGACCAUCCAGAAAUACAGAGAACUCACAGCACACCUGCAGGAAGUGAACAGAGAGCUGAUGAGCCAACAGGAGGCCAGCACUGAGCAGCAGCAGCAGCAGUCUGCUGAUAUCUUCGAUUUCAAGAUCAAAUUUGCAGAGACCAAAGCCUAUGCCAAGGCUAUAGAAAUGGAGCUGCGUAAAAUGGAGGUGACUCAGGCUAACAGACAGGUGUCACUGUUGGUCUCCUUCAUGCCUGACUCCUUCCUCAAACACAGAGGGGAUCAUGACUGCAUCCUGGCAUUGCUACUCAUCCCACGUCUCAUCUGCAAGGCAGAGCUGAUCAGUAAGCAGGCACAGGAGAAGUUUGAGUUGACUGAGACUUGUUCUCAACGGGCUGGCAUGAGAGGAGCUGUUGGAGAGCAGCUGAGCUUUGCAGCUGGACUCAUCUAUUCUCUCACACUGCUACAGGCAGCACUGCACAAAUACGAAAAUGCACUGGGUCAGUGCAGUGUGGAAGUGUACACGCACGUGGGUUCACUGUACUCUGAGAUGAGUGUGCAUGAACGCUCCCUGGACUUCAUCAUAGACCUCCUGUACAAAGACCUGCUGGACGAAACUGUCAAUGUGGAGCCUCUUACCAAAGCAAUUAAAUACUAUCAGCAUCUGUACAGUAUUCAUCUCGCUGAACAGCCUGAAGACUGCACCAUGCAGCUAGCUGACCACAUCAAAUUUACCCAGAGUGCUCUAGACUGUAUGGCGGUGGAGGUGGGGCGUCUUAGGGCCUUUUUACUGGCAGGACAGGACGAGGAAGGGUUUUGUGUGCUGCUGAAGGAUCUGGACACUUCUUGUAGUGACAUACGACAGUUCUGCAAGAAGAUCCGUCGUCGUAUGCCAGGCACAGAUGCACCGGGCAUCCCAGCUGCCCUUAGCUUUGGCCCAGAGGUGUGUGAGACCCUGGCAGAGAGCAGAAGGCAGUUGGCGUGGGUGAAUGCUGUUCUCCAAGAAGUGGCUGCAGCUGCUGCUCAGCUAAUCGCCCCUCUCAGUGAACAUGAGGGUCUUCCUGCCCUCAAAUUGGAGGACAUGGCCUUUAAAGCAGCUGAACAGAUCUAUGGGUCACAGGGCAUAAUUCCUCAAGAGUGUCUUCGCCAGUCAUGCAGUGUAGUUAUAGCAACCAUGAACAAGAUGGCUACUGCUAUGCAGGAGGGAGAAUAUGACUCUGACAGACCACAGAAUGGGAUAUCUCCUGUGGAAGUCCGAGCAGCUGCACUAAGGGCAGAGAUCACUGAUGCUGAAGGACUCGGCCUCAAACUUGAGGACAGAGAAACUGUAAUUAAAGAGCUUAAGAAAUCUCUUAAAAUAAAGGGAGAGGAACUAAGUGAGGCCAAUGUGCGUCUCAGUCUGCUGGAGAAAAAACUGGACAGCUCUUCUAAAGAUGCAGAUGAGCGAGUGGAGAAGAUCCAGAUUAUCCUGGAUAAAACACAUUCACUCCUGAAAAAGAAGGAAAAGGAAUUUGAGGAGACAAUGGAUGCUCUCCAAGGUGACAUAGACCAACUAGAGGCAGAGAAAGUGGAGCUGAAGCAGAGAAUCAACAGCCAAUCUAAGAUUGAGGGACUGAGAGGAAGUCCCGCCUCUGGCAUCGCAUCCAUUGUGACAUGUGGCAUCACUCCUGGUGUGUGUACAGCAGCAGGAGUGCAAGGAAUAGACUCUCCACUGCUGACUCAGCAAAUUGAAGCUCAGAGACUCAGUAUAAAGCAUUUAAAGAAUGAGAACAACAGGCUGAAGGCAGAAAAGAUGCGUGCUCAGCUGGCAUCUCUCCCUCCGCUUAACGUGCCAAAGUUGGGCUGGCGAGAGGGAUGCAGGCCUGAGGUUCUGUCUAGUGCCCUCUAUCGCAAAACAGACCAACUGCUAGAUACCCUGCUCCAGAUGAGCGCCAAUGUUAAAGUGGUGGACAUCACAGGAAAAUCACCAGUGAGCCCCAGUGCCCAGCUAUUAGAGCAAACAGCCAGACUGCAGUCACUCAGUGACACUCUUGAUAGGCUUAAGGAUGAGGUAGCUGAACAUGUAGUGACUCAUAGGCCUGGUGCACAAGUCUCAUCUGAUUUUGCCACUUUUCCCUGCACUUCAUUUGUGAAGGCAAAGGAGGAGAAGAAGGGAGAUGCUGUGUUAGUUGGGCGUGUGAUGAUGCCUUGUUCCCGAGGGCAGGAACAGGUGCAUCGCCUGGUACUCUCACAGUCUCAGCUACAGAGAAUUCAUGGCCUACUCCAGACUUGAAAACUUCUCCUUGUGAUACUAACCCAUGUCGCCUCUUUCCAAAAGCCAAAACAAUUCACUCCAAUUCAAUCCUAAAUAAGACAAUAAUUGAAACAACAGGCUUGGUCUAAUCUGAUUAGUUCAUAUAAUUAGUGUUUUAGAUAGCAGGUCUGGGCUUUAUCCUUACCUUUGAACAAUUAACCGUUAAUGAGAAUGGAGAAUGUGUGAAAAUUUUUCCCAUAAUGUUUCAAAAAAAGGAAUGUCAUCAGUUAAUGAGGUUGCAGAUUUAGACACCUGGUAAGCAUUUGGUGUGAUUAUAUAAAGAAAAUUAUAUAAAAUAAAAAUUCUACAUAAAACACAACAUAUUUGAAACAUGACAAAUGCUAAAGAACAUGCAUGAAGUGGGUGAUUCUGAUCUCCUGCUUUCUUACCUUUGGCUGUCCAUUGAUUUAUGUUUUAGCUCACUGGAUUAGAAAUAUUACUUAUUUAUCAGGUUUUUCAGAUAUAAAGGGCGCUACCAAACCUUUGAGUCUAACAUUUCAGAUACAGUGGUAUAUCCAGAGCAUUUUAAAAGGAGAUGCCAAAGGAAGCCCAUCCUUAAUUUCCUCAAUGAAAUUGUGAUUGUGCACAGAUUAAUAGAUCCCAUUUAGGAUUUGUAAAUUUCCCUCUUCAAAACAUCCGAUUUCACACUGAUUUGGCACACUGCUCUUCAUACACUCUUCACUCUUGAUACAGUGCAAAACAGUUACCUGAGUAUCAAAAAGACCAUAAAGAGAAUAUCCUCUUAUUCUCUGUUAAUAUAUAAUAAGUCAAGGAUUUAACAGCUCAGUAUGCUUGACUUUGAAGCUUGAAUGUGCCACGCAAAUGUGCUUUUGUUUACUUGUAAUGAAGAAAAACAAAUGUCCUUUUUGGGUUAAUGAUCAUAUUUUGUGCCAAGCAAGGGAGAAGAAACAACCGUUAAGCCAAUGCUGCUAUAAGUGAGGGGGAUGGACAGGGAGAGGAGGCCAUUAGGAGAUGACAAUAUUGAAAAAAUGUUACCUGUUGUAUAUAUGCUUAACGAGAUUGUCAGUAUUCGAAGUGGUUUGCUUUGUUACUAUUCUCUAAUAGUAAUCUAUUAACUAAAUAAAAUGUGUACUGCUGCAUUAAGUAUUGUUGAAUGUGUUGGCAUAUUAUACAUAAUGUGACUCAUAUAAUUAAUUCUAAAAAAUAAAUUAUGCCUGUAAUUAUACAUAGUUUGAAUUGAUUAUUUGGUGUUUAUUGUGAUUCAGAAAGACAGUACUGUGCAAAAGUUUUGGGGAAAAGAAGUAUACCGGUAGUGAGAAUUUUAUAAUACCAGGAUUAAUUUGUAUUUAUUAAUUAACUUAGACUGUCUCAACAGCUUCUGUCUCUUCAUGUAAUCACAGACGAACUCAAUGAUGUUGGGAUCCGGACAUCUGUUGCAGGACACUUUGUAUUACUUCUGUUCUAUUUGCAAAAUUAAAUGUUUGAAAUCUAAAAUGAAUGUUUCCUAU